AUGCCUUCUUGUCGCUGCGUCGUUCAAGACUGUAGCAACAGGUCGAAUCCUAAAUUAGGCAUUUCUUUGCACAAGCCGAAGACUAGCUUUGAAAGCCAGAAAUGGAAAGCCUUCGUCCGAACACAUCGCGCCAACUUCAACCCCAAAGGGCUCUUCAAGAUUUGUUCAGUUCAUUUCACUGCCGAUUGCUUCGAGCGGGCAGUUCAUGUACCUGGCGCUCCGAGAGUUACACUUGCCGGAGCCAUUCCAACGAUUUGGAAGUUAGGUGAAGCGGGCAAUUCCAGUGCCAUGUCAGCGAGAGACCGGCGUAUGGUAAGUAAUAAAACAUUGUAGACCUUUGAUCCUUGUUCACACGUACACUUCCUGGGAUCGCGGUAUUUCAGCUUCAAGCCGGCAUAAGAAAGGGCAAAAGGGUUUUUUUCUAAAACACAGGCGUAAACUACAUGCACACUGAGUAAUGAACAGAUAUGACAAGAACUGAAAGCCCAGUAGUGGUUUUGUCGUGUUUCGCGCGUUCGAGCGAAAAUGAAUAAGUCACUUAUACAGUGUUUUGGUUGCCUUCGCUGCAGGCUUUCAACUCGUAAAACGAAUAAUAUUUUUUAGUUCUUUGAGACUGCAAGAUCAUUUAUUGAUGCUGAACUGUAAGAUCGUUAAAAAAUAACAUUAUGGAUUUGCCGAUCAAUAUCUUUACACCUUCGGUGUUUUUUUUUUUUUUUUUACUGGAAAACUAAAUUCUGGUCUGUAGGCAAUGAAACAUAUCCUAGCCGUGCACGAAGCUAGCAACGUGGCCGCCUCGCAAGAACUUGAAGAAGAUGAAGAGUUUGAUUUACCCGCAAGUGGGGAAUCUGCGGUGCAGGUAUGUCCAGCUACGAGCCUUUUUUUUUAGGAAUCUCACAAUGGUGACUUUAUAGCCUCUCACAUAAACGGCAGUCGGUUUGUUAUUAUUUUGUAUGAAUCCAUUAGAGCUACUGGCCUAUAUGUUGGAGUUAAAAUUUGUUUAUAUUUUCCUGAUAAGUUAACUCUGAAUACAAAGAAGAGGGUAUUGGCCACCAUUCAUAAAAAAGAUAAAUUAGAUAUAGCUUCUUUGUUUUUCUUAUGAAGCUGGAGAGGGAGCCGGACAGUAAUGAAAUUGAAGAAAUGGAAGAAGAGGUUGAGGAGUAUGCAGUAAACGAUCCCCUUUCAUCAUCAAACUCAAUGCAGGUAUUUCCGGGCAGACUUCCACUUGCUUUGCUUAAAAAAUGGCAUGCUUCUUACAUUCUUAUCAAAAAUUAUACUUAUUCUUAGGUUGAACAAACUACUGAAACAACUCCAAUAGAAGGUUCAGUGCAUGCAGAUAUGGAUACAAGUAACUCACUGUGCUCAUCAAGCUCGAUGGUAAGGGAUUUCUUUUAUUUCAAAGAAAACGUGUAACAGUACCAUAUUACCUUCAUUAUAAUAAUUAUUACAUCUAUUGUUAUGAGAAUUUGACUUUUGUUCUUCUAACAAUAUUGUAGGACCAUGUCUCAUCACAAUUUCUACCUGCUGCUGCAUCAACACCAAUAACCCCAACUGUAAGUAUCAUAAACAGGAAGCAAGCAACAUUAUUUUUUUUUUAUUGAAUGUUAGUCCACUUUGACUUUCUUCAAAGUAUCUUCAAACUGCUGUACUUCAUUUUUACUGUCAUGCACAAUAAGUCACAAAAGAAACCCACAAACCUCCAAAAGGAAGUUAUGGUUUUAAAACACAGCGGGCAACUGCAACAGCAAUUGAAAAGAAAAACAUUUUUUAGAACUCGUACAAAUGUUUCACUCUGAUGCCCUUUUGGCCACGUCAUUGUAGACUCAUAUACAGCCAAAAAGUAAUAAUUUUAGAUUACCACAGUAUACUAAAUAUGUUGACUGGGGCCAAUGCAUAAGCCAUUUAAAGUGACAGUUUUUUACAUGUAAAGAUAUUAAAAGCUGAAUUUUCAACUUAUUGAUAGGCACAUGAAAAUCAAGGUGAAUGCAGCACUUGUCAAGACCUCUCUACAGAGAAUAAAGAACUCAAAAAGAGAUCAAAAGUAUUACGAUUUAAAGUCACCAGACUGACUAACAAGCUCGCAAAACAAUCAAAAGCAGUGGGUGGAGACUUUGCAGGAGAUCCACUUAAAUGCAUCUAAAGAUCAUUUAGAGUCAGAUUGUAGUGAGUGUUCUGAAUUUGUGUUGGGUUGUUGGGGGGGAGGAGUAUUCCAAAUUGUGGGCUAUACAAGACUUUGCAGUUAUUCUCAUUUGUGCUGUUUAUCUUUGAUGGAUACUCCAUGUAUAUUAGUAAAAAGGCAGUCAAACCUUGGUUUUCAAACAACAUCCAAUUUUUUUUCAAAUUUAGUACAAAUUACAGAAACUAUUCCAUCAGAUAAAUAAUCUAUUUGUCGUUGAUAGGCUACAAAUAUAGAUAAUCUAAGCCAUAAUGAUUCCUUUUCUCUAGAUAACACAGCACAAGCUCACAAUGCUAAUUCCACUGUGUUUGGUGACCAGAAUAACAGUGUAGAUGACUUUACAGAGAUUAGUGAUGACGAUGAUGACAAUGAAGAGCCUGAGAAUGAUGAUGAUCCUGACUGGACUCCUGAAAAAUUAGAUGAAGUCUAUCAGGAAUUAGGAGACGAUAAUGUGAAUGACAGCCAAACAACAAAGCCUAGGUACUGUAUAGGAUGUACCAUAACUUACUAGUUAAUGUAGACAUGCGCAUGCAAGUGUGGUCCAUCUUGUCUUGAAUAAAAAUCUCAUUAUUUGCGAAGUAAAAAAGGGAGAAAAAGCCUUUCUACCCCCCUAUCCCUUCCUAAAAAAGGCACAUCCACCACAGCAACACCAUUAAAUGUGUUGUCCUGGAGAUAUACAUGUAUUAGUAUUUUAAGAGAGAGUACGAUACACUGAUUAUUUCUUUGUAUGACUUUAAAGGCAUCUUCCAUGACUUGACAUUGGAUGAAAAAUGGGAAAUAUCUGACUCAUUUCUAAAAUUACUAUUAUUAUUUAUCACACAACAGGCUGAACUACGCAGGAAAGAACAAGCGUGAGGAGCCUAAAGGCAUUGUUUUUUUAUCCAAGCUGUUACUACUGUUUCAAUACUGCCAUUAUUGUCUUACUCCCAACCCAGAAACUGUUUGCACACAAACAGGAACUCUAUUGACCAUUAAAGCCAAAUGCAGCAGUUGUCAAGAGAUAUUUACCUGGGAAAGCCAGCCAUUCCUUAUGGGCAAAUUUCCAGCAGGCAACCUUCUCCUCAGCUUUGCAACUCUUUGUGCUGGAGCAUCAAUAAAGAAAAUGUUGACAGUGUUUCGGCACAUGGGAGUACUUGUCUACAAUGAGCCCACCUACUACUACCAUCAGCGGCAUCUCCUCAUUCCCACUAUCAUCUCAUUCUGGCGUAAAUACCAAACAAAACUGCUGGAUUCCCUGAAAGGAAAAGAAGUAGUUUUAGCAGGAGAUGGGCGCCACGACAGCAUGGGCCACUCAGCAAAAUAUGGCACUUAUACUAUAUUUUGUUGUACUGUUGGCCUUAUUAUUCAUAUUGUUUUAUUACAGGCAAGUGAAAAAAACCUCAUAAAAAUCAUACAGUCAUGUAGUAACACCAAACCCAAAGCAAGGGUAAAUUUAAUUUCAAUAAUUAUUAUAAAUAUCUAUGAACUGCAGAAUCAGAAAAGCAAGGCCAUGUUAAAGAAAUGUGGUCAAAAGACAAAAUCUGAAUGCUUGAACUAGAAAAAAAAACACAUUUAUAACAAAACACCCGUCUGUCUUGUAUUUUCUAGGCUAAUCAGGCAGGAAGCAGUUCUGGUAUCGAGUUUAUGGCCUUCAAGGAAGCCAUGACAUAUAUUCUAGCCACAGGCAUGAUUGUCAAGUCAUUUAUCUCUGACCGCCAUGCUUCCAUUGCUAAGUGGAUGAGAGAAGAAUGUGGCAAGAAGUGUGCUGAACUUGGCAAGCCAGUUAUCAAUCAUUUUUUUGAUCUUUGGCACAUUGGGAAAAGUAUGCAAAAACAAUAAGUAACCUAAUAUGUUUUCAUCGUAUGUAAUCAUAUACAUCAUAUACAUAUAUCAAUAUUACCAUUACUUCUUUUUAUUAUAGUUAUUGUCGUACCUUGCCCUAGGGCACAGUGUAAAAAACCUAUGACCUAGAAUCUGUAGUGAAAUAGUACUCUCAUUAUCAGAGGAGACAAUGUCUCUGCUUCUCUGUGCCUUGAUCAAAUUUAUUGUACAUGUAUAUUGUAGAAAAGCACUUAAUGUUCAAUUGUUUUGCUAUUUUCACAGAAAUCCAAAAAGUUCUAACAAAACUGAGCAAGGAAAAAAAUUGUGAGAUCAUUGGCCGCUGGAGGAAGGCCUGUGUUAGACAUUUUUACUGGGCAGUGACCUCCACUCAAGAAAGUCUUGGAAAGGUCAAGGUUGCAAAGUUCCAAGCAUUCCUCAGUCAUGUCAUCAACAAACACAAGAACCUUCCUAAUAGGCUAUUCAAUGCUUGUGCUCACGGUGAAGUCAUCACACCAAAAGUAUGGAUGUCUAAAGGUACAAAAGCCUCACUUGCUGCCGCACUCUAUGUUGAUCUUAUUAUGUUGACCAAAUGUCUUGGAUAUACGACUACAUAACUGUAACAUUGCAAAGCUUGGUUGAGCUAUUUUCGGUCAUGUUCAAGAAUUUCAGCCCCAUCUGCUCAAAUGCAACUAAAAACUGUCAACAAUUGAAAAAAAUAUGAAAAAUAUGAAAUAUCACUGUCCUUUUUCUUUUUUACCCUAAAUAAAAAAAAUAAUUUACAACUAGUGAUCACCUGAUUUAUAAAUUUCAUCUAAAAACCACAAUAUGACAAACAUUUCCACUGUAUUGCUUUCAUUCAUGCUAGUGUCAGAGGCAUAUGAAAAGCUGUAUACCGCCCUUACGAAAAGCAGCCUUACUAAAGGAAUAGAAAAAGCUUCCUCAGUUGAGCAAACAAGCUGCCUGGAAGGGUAUCAUUCAGUAGUCAACCAAUUUGCCCCAAAGAUGCUGGCCUACUCAUACCUGGGAAUGCUUUGUAGGUACGUGAAAUUUAAGGCUUAUGUAUUUAAACAUAGCAACACUAAAGUAAAUCUUGAAAAAGCAAACAAAAUUCAAAAAGUAUGAGGAAAGGCACUGGGAUGCUGGGAUGCCUUUUUUGAUAGAUAUAGGCAGUUUGCAAAACUGGUAGAACUUGUCACAUAAUUUAAUACAUUCUGAUUACUUUGUACCUUUCUCUCUUCCUUUUCUUUUUUUUAAGAUCAGUACUGGCUGCCCUUCAUUUUAAUUACAACCUCAGAAGAGAGACAAAGGUGGAUGACCAGGGCAAACCACGCCUUCACAUCUCAUACCCAAAGUACAAGGAAGGAGAAGCAACAGUCAGGGAAGUCAGGGUAGCUCCUAAUUAUGGUAAGUCUUUGAUAAGGACCAUUGUAGCAAAGUAUACCUGUAAGUUUCCAAGUUGGACAACUUUAAAAUGAUGUCUAUUCUCAAAAUCAAAUAUCUACAUGUACAGGUGUACAUCAACAGGUUUCCUGGUAUUAUCAUGACUGCAGACAGGUUAGCUGCUGUCAGAAAAUAUUCAGCAAUUUAAUUUAGCUAUGCUAAUAAGCUACUACUUAUGAUGUCUUGUAAUCCACAUUUCCUUUCUAGAGAGAAUAAAAUGUAGAUUCUAAUAAUCACAGUUAGUCAAAAAGUGAACUUACUUUAGCUUGUGAAGUCAUUAUGCAAAGUACUUCCGUGAAGAACUUUUGUAACUGCCUUUCUCCUUAGAGUAUGUGGCGGAGAUUUAUGAAUCUCUAAUAACAACUCCACGACGGAACCUCCAACUGAUAGAAGAAGAGCUAAAACAGGUGGUUCCAGACCCUAUGCACUCAAUGCUUGAGAAGCAAUCCAAAGAUGAUGCAAUACGGAAACACAAUGAAAGAAAAAACAAGGAAACAGUGAUUUGUCCUCCAACAUGUUCAGGUAAAAUGUCUUGGCAAUGCAAUACCCGCUCUAGGUUUUUCAUCAACAUUUUCAUCCAAAUACUCAAACAUUCUACUGAAUUUGAAGCUGGGAAACAGGUUUUCAGAAGCAAUAUUUUUUAUAGUAAUCUGUAUGAAAAAGAAUUAAUUUCUUUCAGUUGUAAGUUUACUUGACUUUCACCUGAUUAUCUACAGAAGCUGAACUGCAAACCUUGUUAGAGGAAAGUGACCAGUCAAGACCAAUGUCAAGAACAAAUACAAGCAGAAGAAGAGGGAGAGCACAGCUAUGCAGAAAAUGUGGACAGCCAAGAAGAGGACACACAUGCACUGCUUCACAAAAUGAUUAA